GCAGGCGCACAGGUGAGGCUAGCGUGGGCUAGGAGCUGCGGUGAUGAAGAAGAUUUUUGGGUUUUUGGUUUUUGGUUUGUGGUUAAAGCUCGUGCUGAUAACGUGUUUAAGGAAAAGAGAUUUUGAGAGAGAUUGUAGAGAGAAUUGUCCAACAUAUUAUUGAGAAUAGGAGCCCUAUAUAUAGGGAUUACAAAGUACAUAUUCUAAUGUUACAAGGAAUACUAAUCCAUCUAUGAUUAGGAAUUCUAGAACCUUCUCUCCUAUUACUACUCCUAGUUUGAUAAGGCACACUAAGUCGAUUUUCCUUCAACAAUCAUAUAUAUGUUGAGGCCAACAUAUUGAGUUGAUCAGUGACGCAGUCGGAAGUAACCUGGGUUUACAAGCGAUAAACCCUAAAAGACAUAGUUCAUGAGUCCACCAGAGAAAUAGAGAAAAAUCUUAAUAAAAUUAUUAAAUUUUGAUAUCAUAAACUGAUAUUAAUACAUAGCAUGAUGGUGCUUAAUAUGGUCCUCCGACUUUUCACCCUGUACAUUAUUCUCCUCUUUCAUCUGAGUCAAAGCCUUGGACUUUGGAACCAUAUAUAAUUGUUUUGAACCAGUUUCCAAAAUCCAAAUGGCGUCGAGCUACAGAAUGAGAGCCUCCACGUCUGCUUCAUCGUCAUCCACUCAACGGAAAUACGACGUGUUUUUGAGUUUCAGGGGCGAAGAUACCCGCAAGAAGUUCACAGACCAUUUAUACGACCAAUUGCGGCGGCGAGGAAUCAAAACUUUUCGGGACGACCCUGAACUUGAAAUAGGUGCAACUAUUUCUCCAGAGCUCCUGGCUGCAGUUGAACAAUCAAGGUUUGCACUGGUUGUUCUCUCCCCAAACUAUGCUUCUUCAACUUGGUGCUUGCUCGAACUCGCGAAAAUUGUUCAGUGCAUGGGCCAGAGGGGUACAAUUCUGCCAAUCUUUUAUGAAGUGGUUCCCUCCGAUGUAAGACAUCAAAGAGGGAGCUUUGCGGAAGCGUUCGGUAAACAUGAAAAGAAGUUUGGGAAAGACUUGACCAAGGUGCAAGAGUGGAGAGAUGCUUUGACAAAAGUGGCUAAUCUCUCUGGCUGGAGUUCCCUGAAUUAUAGGUAUGAAACAGAGCUUAUCAAAGUGAUUGUGGAAGAACUAUGGAAGAAAGUGCAUCCUACAUUUGCAUCAUUAGAGUCUGAGUCCUUACACAACUUGGUUGGAAGUGAUUCCAAGCCGAUGGGAAUGGAUUUUCUUUCAGACAGCGACAGAGACAGAGACAGGGACAGGGACAGAGACAGAGACAGAGACAGAGAUAGAGAGAGAGAUAGAGAACGAGAAAAACAGAGAGAGAAAGACAGAGUGAGACAGAGAACAAGCGCUCAUAUAUUCCAGUAAAAAAAUGCUUGAAAUUCCAAUUCCUUCUAUCUAAGUUGUAUCCCAAAUUACAUGACAUUCAUCAUGUUAACCUUAGUAUACAUAUGGUCAGAUCUAAA